AUCAAUAUUUAAGUCCUUUUUUACUAGAAAUCUACUUCUACUUUUGUUUUUUGGUGAUUUGCAUUCUUUGUGCAUAUUGCCACCUACUGGUUGGGGCUGGUAAAAGGUGGAGAUUUAUAUUAAAAAAGGACCUAAAUAUUGAUCUGUUUCUCACCCACACCUAUUAUAUUGCUUCUGAUAAUAUGGAUUAAAGUAAACCACUGGAGCCGUAUGGGCUAUUUUUAUGAAGCCUUUCUGUGGUUUUUUUGGAGCUUCAAAGUUCUGGCCACUGUUCACUUGCAUUAUAUGGACCUACAGAGCUGAGAUAUUAUUUUAAAAAUCUUCAUUUGGGUUCUGCAGAAGAAAGAAAGUCAUACUCAUCUGGGAUGGCAUGAGGGUGAUAUGAUAAUACUGUGUUUAUAAUACUGGGUGAAUAUAUGAUAAGAGAAUUUUUCAUUUUUGGGUGAACUAUUUCUUUAAAGUGCUAUGGUGAAGUGAAAAAUUAGUGACUUGAAAUUUCAGUCUAUUCCACACACAAAGCUAGUAUGGCUUGACAAGACUUGGAACACAGGGCACAAGUUUUACAGAAUUGUAAUUUUUUUUAUUUUUUUGAAGCUUGAUAAGACAUGAUUAUAACAGUUCAAGGUUGGGCAAGGAGGAGGCGGGAACCGGCUGAACAGUAAACAUAAAGGUUUAAUGUCAAACUUAACUUAAAACAAAUGUAAACAAACACGGACACACAUGCAACAACAUGGCCGCGUGCGUCUCUCUCUCUCUCUCUCUCUCUCUCUCGAACUGUCGCCUCCGGCUCCCCUUUAUCUCACUGUCCCACUGAUCAGCUGAUUCAGCACCGGCCGUGCACCAUCACGGCCCAGCCAUGCCCUCCUCCUCGUCACAGUGAUCAAUAAGAAAUGUCGUAUGGCAUCAUAAGAGGUGUGUAAAGAAUCUUCAAAAAUUUUCCUUUUGUGUUCCACUGAAACAACAAUAGCAUUCGUGGUUGGAAGAAACUGCAUGAGGACUCGUCGCUCAACUCCUAAGAGCCGCCCAUUCAGCACUCUGGACCCAGAACUGAUGCUCCACCCCGAGGCUCUCCCACGGGCCAGUACUGUUGCCAUGACGAAGGAAUACUCUUUCUUGCGCACCAGCGUUCCUCGUGGUCCCAAACUGGGAAGCCUCGGAAUCCCUUCCACCAAGGAGAAGAAAUCUAAAUCAUCGAGUUCAAGCAAGAUCCACUCUCUGGCUGACUAUAAAUCCCCUGAUUCUGACCAUAAAAGCGCAGAGAUGUCUGGUGGUGUAGUUUCAGCAUCUGCUGACUCGUCGUUUAGCUCGCUGCAUUCAACCAUCAGCUCUGUUUCCACUGUUUCCGAAAUUAACAUCAGCUCUGAGACCAACACCCGUUUGGAAUCAUCUCAGCCAAUCAGAGACAAUAUCUCUGAGGUGGAUGGAAGCGAAUCAGGUUUUAGGGCAGAUGGCAAUGACAGCGAUAGCUCAUCCUAUAGUAGUGUGUCUACUACAGGGGCUUAUAAUAUGUUAGCGGCACUAGUGAACAGGCCAAAGGCUCCUUAUACUGUAGAAGGGAGGGAAAUUGCUGCAGAAGCCAUGGGCCAGUUCCCAUCACUACAGGAAGUCCUGCAAGCGGCCACUGAUGAGCAGCACAUGGAGGAGCUGGAACAGGAAAGAGAGGGCAGCGUAGAGCCACGUAGUCGCCGAGACAGCUUCUGCAGCAGUGUGUCAUAUGGAAGCUCUGUGAUGGGGACUCAUGAUGAGAUGCUCCAGGUUCUGAAAGAGAAAAUGAGGUUAGAAGGGCAACUGGAGUCCCUGUCCUCCGAGGCCAAUCAGGCUCUAAAAGAAAAAACGGAGCUUCAGGCGCAACUGGCCACAGUGAGUACACAGCUGCAGGCUCAGGUGGAACAGACCCUGGCCAGCCAGGAUAGGCAGAGUGCCCUCACCUCAGAGGUCACCACGCUACGCUCCAACUGCUCAGCGCUGGAGAAGGCCAUGGUGGAACUUCAGGCCAGUCUGGAGGGGAAGAAUGCCAGCCUGACCUCGGUGGGCAACGACCUGCAGCUGGCCGAGGAGCAGUACCAGAGGCUGAUGGGUAAAGUGGAAGAGAUGCAGCAAAGCCUGAACACCAAGGACAGCACAGUAUCUGAGCUGCGGCAGCAGAUGGGAGGCCUUCAGACGCAGCUUCAGCGGGUCCAGGCUGAGAGGAACGCUCUGCAGAGCAGACUGAAGACCUCGCAGGCAGAGGUGGACUCGCUGCAGCAGCUCCGCCUCUGGUACCAGCAGCAGCUGACUCUGGCACAGGAGGCACGCGUACGACUGCAGGGAGAGAUGGCUAACAUGCAGGCAGGCCAAAUGACUCAGAUCGGCAUGUUAGAAAAUCUGAAGAUGGAGAACGUUACUCUGGCGCACCAACUCACAGAGUCGAAACAUCGCUCUAUAAAAGAAAAGGAAAGGAUUGCUGUACAGUUACAGAGCAUAGAGGCGGACAUGAUGACACAAGAAUCAGCCAUACUUCAGAUCCAGGAGGCGAAGACGAUGGUGGAGGAAGAUCUUCAGCACAAGCUGGAGGAGUUUGAAGAUGAGCGUGAGCAUCUGCUCAAACUAGCCAACACAGCCACAACACUGGAGAGAGAGCUAGAGCAGGUAAAACUCACUCUCUCCCAGAAAGACGCCCAGCUGGAGUCAUUCCAGCGUGAGCACCUAGAGCUGAUGAAGCAGCUCACCACUACUCAGGAGACUCUCCAAACCAAAGAGCAGGCCCUCAACCAGCUGGAGGCACGUUACGAGGAGCUCCAGGCCCAUCUGGAAGAGCUGCAGGCAGAUGCCACAGUUAAAGAAGAGACGCUGCAGUAUCUCCAGAAUGAGAAAAUUGUCCUGGAAGUGGCUCUGCAAGCAGCGCGUGCAGAUAAAAGCGAGCUUGAUGAAGGAGCAGAGAGGCUGGGAGAGGAAGUGCUGCUGGCCUCCGAUACACUUGACCAGCUCAGACAGGAAGUGCAGGUUAAAGCAACACAGAUUGAAUCUCUACAAAAAGAGAAUGGCACCCUCAAAAAACAAGCACAGAAACUAAAAGAGCAGUUCAUGCAGCAAAAGGUGAUGGUUGAAGCGUACAGGAGAGAUGCCAGCUCCAAAGACCAGCUGAUAUCCGAGCUGAAGGCAUCUAAGAAGCGUCUGGGGGCGGAGGUGAAGGGCCUGAAGCAGGAGCUGUUGAGAAUGGAAGGAGAGAAGAAGAGUGCCGAGCAGGAACAGGCUCAUCUGCAGAAGGAAGUGGAGAGAGUCCAGCAGCAGAUGAACGGUCUGGAAGCCCAUCUACAAUCCGUAAAGACGGAAAGAGACCAACUUGACUGUCAACUGCAGUCUCUUCAGUUUGACCAGAACCAGCUGGCAGCAGUGACCGAAGAGAAUGAAAGUCUGAGGAAUAGGAUCGAACAAAUGCAAAAUGAAGCCAGAAAGGCCAUCUCGGAUCAGAAGGUGAGAAUGAAGCGUUUGGGCACAGAUUUGACCAGCGCACAGAAGGAGAUGAAGGCCAAGCAUAAGGCCUAUGAGAAUGCAGUGGGCAUUCUAAGCCGCAGGCUGCAGGAAGCCCUCACAGCCAAAGACACAGCUGAGGCUGAACUCAGCAAACUCAGAGCUCAGGUUUCAGAGGGAGGAAAUAGCCAGGAACAUCAGGCCAAGGUGGAGUCCCUACAGGCAGAGUUGCAGGCAGUGAGCCAGAGUAAAGCCAUGCUGGAGAAAGAGCUGCAGGAGGUCAUCACCCUUACCAGCACUGAGCUGGAGGAAUAUCAGGAGAAAGUGCUGGAAUUGGAGGAUGAACUCCAAGAGUCACGAAAUUUUAAAAAGAGAAUACGUCGUCUGGAGGAUGUGAAUAAGAAGCUUGUGCUGGAGUUGGAGCAUGAGAAAGGGAAACUGUCUGGUCUUGGGAAGUCCCAUAGUGCAUUGCGAGAACAUGCCAAUAUUUUAGAGGCUGCACUGGCCAAGAGGGAAGCAGAUCUGGUCCAGCUCAACCUGCAGGUUCAGGCAGUAUUAAAGCGUAAAGAAGAAGAGGACCAGCAGAUGAGACAGUUGGUGCAGACGCUGCAGGCUGCUCUGGAGAAGGAGAAAAUGAAAGUCAAAGAUCUGACGGAGCAGGUGGCAGAGGCCAAGCUGGAGGCCGCCCAUAACCGCAGGCACUACAGAGCAGCCAUGAUGGAACUGAGUGAGAUAAAGAAAGACCUGCAGGCCAAAGAAGAGCUUGUCAAAGCUCUGCAGAAAGAGGCUAAGACACUUGCUGCUAAGGAUGAGAAGCACUCUGAGGAGGUUUCUCAUUUCCAGGAGGAGUUAGCUGAUGCUCACACUCAACUCCAGAUCCUACAGAAGCAACUGGACGAUGAGCUCAACAAACAGCCCCUCACCAACCAAGAGGUGGAGGAUCUGAAGUGGGAGGUGGAGCAGAGACAGCGGGAGAUUGAGACGCAGAAACAGCAGCUGGAGAUGGUGGAACAGUGUCAUCAGAGAGAGAUGGACACCCUGCAGGAAACUCUACAGAGGAUAAAGGUGGAGCUGGAGAUGGUGCAGGAGGAGCUGAAUGGCACACAGAAGGAUAAAUUCUUACUGCAGGCUAAAGUGGGAGAGCUGAGGAACAGUAUGAAGACCGUUCUUCAGCAGAACAACCAGCUCAAACAGGACCUCAAAAACAGCAGGCUCAGAAAGCGGAUGGAUCUGAAGGGGGAGUCAACCCCAGCGACGCCAGUAAAAAUCCCAGACUGCCCUGUUCCCGCUUCCCUUUUAGACGAACUGUUGAAACCCUCAACAUCUGUUAAUAAAGAACCUCUCAAUAACCUCCACAACUGUCUGAGACAGCUGAAGCUGGAGAUGGACAGUCUUCAGAAGCAGAUGGAAGAACACACGGUCACAGUGACGUCAUUGGCAAGUGCAGAGGAAGAGCUCCACAGACUGGGUCUCCACGACGAUAGUAGCAAUGAUUCAUCCAAUAAAGAGGCGAAUGAUGACGAAGUAAAGGGGGAGAUGAUGUCCUUAUAAGACACAAAGAAUCCUUUAAAGACACUGUCUGAGAGAGUUUUAUAUUCAUUGGCACUUUAAAGAAAAAAGAAAAGUUUCUUUGUUUAUUUGUUAUCAACUGCCAAUAUUUGGCUUUCAUUACAAAGAACGUUCGGAUGAAUGUUUGUGUUUCUUUGCACCAUAGCUUUAUUCUUUUGGGGGUAAUAUUGGUGUUUGUUUGUUUGUUUGUUGUGUUAUUUCAUUUGUCACCAUUAUUUAUUUUCAGUGUGUAAUUUACAGAUCUGCUCUCUCCAUCUGAUCUCGCCAUUUAUCUCACUUGUAAUUUCAAGUAGUCACUCACCUGACGUUCAGCUUUGAUUUAUUUUUUAUUUUUUUCCUUUCUCAUCUCAUACGAGGUGAAGAAAGAGGACUGUGAGGGCUACUGCUAGGCUGCAAAGUCCUGCAGGAGUGAAAAAAUCUAUAGGCAACAUCCACGGCCCUAUUUGGUCAGAUGUACAUUUUAUAAAUCUGAAUGAUCAUAAUACACUGUCUGGUGGUAUUUCGCACUUCCUGCAUGGAGGAUUCAGCAGCUGAACUGUUCUUCCAUUCCUCUGUGCCUGUGAAUGAGCUGAUCUCUCAUUCCAACACUGGAAAGAUGCUUGUUAGGGCUGAUCUCGAGCUGUUCCCUGCAAUACAAUACAUUCAUAAUCCACAAAAGAAUAUGACCCAUAUCUAUAAAGCAUCUUAGUAUCUGAGCAUGGAUCAGCUUUCCCAUUUCCAGAAUGCUGUUUUUGAGAGGUUGUAAACUGAUCUUGGAUCAGCAUUCUUUUGUUUAGCUCAGGCCUCAGAUCAACAACGUUUGAAGUCUACAGCAAUGCUGACAAUUUCCUGUCUACGUACACUCUGCACUGUAUACCGCUUUACCUGUAAGUCUCAGAAUUUAGGUUUACCUAUAAAGGGAUGGUUCAACCAAAAAUAAAAAUUCUGUCAUGAUUUAUUCAUGAUACAACAACAUGAGUGCGAGUAAAUUUUGGGGGGAACUUUACCUUUAAGCCUAUUUUGUUAAACAUUCUCUGUCUCAUUGUGGGAAUCAUAAUGGGACUCUGGAGGCUGUAAUUUCAAUACCAUAGUUCACAUAGUUUUAUUUCCCAGGAAUUAAGAACAUUUAAGCCUCAGGAAUGUGUUGGCAUUCUUUAGGAAAUGGGAGAUAGGGAGAAAGCAGUGACCCUUUUGUACAGGGUCAUGAAUACAUCUCAGUACAUCAGGUUAUCUGGUUUAUGCCAUUGGUUUGACAGUUAACAUGAAAGUUCUUCAUUGCUCUUGAUCUGUUUGAGUUUGACUCAACUAGGUCGAUUUAGGGCUGCGCCUUAAAAGUGAUACAGAAUCCCUUAAAUAAUAGUAAAAAUGUAUAGCUUGAAUGAUCUUGCUUAAAUAUUUUUGUUGAGAGAUCUUGGGAAAUAAUGUAAAAUAGGUAAUCUUGGAUGAAUGUGUUCUUGAAAGUGCUGUUGAGUGUGUUGUAUGUAUAUACAGUACAUAGGAAGGGUGUUGACUUGUAUUGCACAACUGAUAAAAUAAAAGCUUACUGACUUUCAGGUAUGGACAGAUGUAAAAUAUUGUUACUUUUUGUUGGAAAACUGUUGGACUUUUUUGCCUAUGUUGAUACUAUGUUCACUUAUUUAAAAACAUUUUCACCUCGCAAAAUUCUCAUGGAUGGUUUGCCAUUACAGCCUUAAUUAUUGGACAUGUAUGUAUAUUUUGGCAAAUGCAUUUAAUAAGGUGUAAUAUUUUUGUCUUUCCCUGAUGUCUUCAUUUCACAAACGCUUAUCGGUUUUCUGUACAGUAGGUCUGGACUUCAAUGUGUAAUUGGCUUGAACUGUUUACAAAGUACAAGUAUGUUCUCAAAUGGUGAGUUGCUGACAUGUAAUAACCUUUAGGCUGCUUCAAAUGCUUAAAAUGUAAAUUUGUUAAAACGAUCAAUUAAUAUUAAUAACUAAAGGGAGGGAACUGUUUUUAAUUCUUUGAAAAUAUACUGUGUGUUAAUACUGAACUGACCGUUAAAAGCAUGAGUUUCUGUAUAAUGUUUCAAUUAAGAAAACAGUUUAAUUUUUUGCUUGCUCUGCAUUUUAACAUAUUGAUAAUUAUUGAGUGUAAAAUAUAAAUCAUUCUGUAAAACGAUCACUUCUUGUCUUCUGUGAAUAUGUAAUGUUUUUUUAGAAGAAUACUAUGAUUUAAAAAAAUAAAGCUCAAAAUUAGAUUUCAAGUCCAAA